AUGGAAGGCUCGACGGCGCAGGCAGCGGGGAAGACCGUCCUGAGGGUGGCGGCGAUCUCCGGCUCGCUGCGCAGGGCGUCGGCCAACACCGGCCUCAUCCGCGCCGCCGCGGAGAUCUGCAGGGAGUCGAUCCCGGGGCUGGAGAUCGACCACAUCGACAUCUCCUCGCUGCCGCUGCUCAACACCGACCUCGAGGCCGGCGGCGUGUUCCCGGCGGCCGUCGAGGCAUUCCGCGCCAGGGUUCGCGGCGCGAACUGCUUCCUGUUCGCGUCGCCCGAGUACAACUACUCCAUCUCGGGCCCGCUGAAGAACGCGCUGGACUGGGGGUCGCGCCCGCCCAACUGCUGGGGCGACAGGGCCGCGGCCAUCCUCAGCGCGUCGGGCGGGUCCGGCGGCAGCCGGUCGCAGUACCACAUCCGGCAGGUCGGCGUGUUCCUCGACCUCCACUUCGUCAACAAGCCCGAGGCGUUCAUCAAGGCGCACCAGCCGCCGAAGAAGUUCGACGACGACGGCAACCUGGUCGAUCCGGAGACGAAGGAGCAGGUCAGGAAGGUGCUCCUGGCGCUGCAGGCUCUCGCGCUCAGGCUCCAGCUGGGGAAGCCUGCUGCGGACUCUGAAGUCUGA